AAGAAGACGCACGAUGCUCACCAAGUUUGUCUUUCUCGUGGCGGUGUUCGUCGUGGUGAACUGUGAACAUGACGACGACACGCUACUGGCCAAAGCUCACAACCAGUUUGCCGUGAAUCUGCUGAAGCACCUUGCCACUCAGGAUCCCUCGUCCAACGUCUUCUUCUCGCCGACUAGCAUCGCCGCUGCCUUCGGCAUGGCCUACGCUGGUGCCCGGGGAAGCUCAGAGGCCGAGCUGGGGUCAGUGCUCGGCCAUACUGCGGUUGGCUUGACAGACCGAGCAAGAGUGCUUGCGGCCUACAGGAGCCUGCUGCAACUCUCCGCAUCCCCCAAUGUGACGCUGGAUGUGGCCAACAUGGUCCUCGCGCAGAGCGGCUUUCCAAUAACCGACAACUACAAGCAGCAGCUGCGCGAAGUCUUCGACGCGGAGCUGCGGUCCGCCGACUUCGUCAACGAAGGUCCCAGCGUCGCGGCCGAAGUCAACGCCUGGGUGCGUGACAAGACUAGGGGAAAGAUUUCCGGUAUCCUGCCUGAAGGUCGGCCGCUGGACAUUGUCCUCUUCAUCCUGAACGCCGUCUACUUCAAGGGCACCUGGGUGACCAAGUUCGACGUCGCCAAAACCGUGAACAAGCCCUUCUUCAACCUUGGAACCACCGAGGUGAGCAAGCCGGCGAUGCACCUCAGGAAUCGUCUUCCUCACACUCGAGUCGAUGCCCUGCACGCAUCUGCUCUGGAGAUCCCGUACUUGGGUGGCAAGUUCAGCAUGGUGGUCAUGCUCCCGGACACCCCUACUGGUCUUCAGACGCUCAGAGAUGGCCUGUCUGUGGCUACUCUUGAAGAUCUCGGCAGCAAUCUGCGCACAAAAGAUGUCAUACUCCAGAUGCCUAAGUUAGAGAUGAGCCUGAGUUACAACUUGGUGGCCGCGAUGAAGGCACUCGGACUGAACACCCCGUUCGGAGGCUCGGCUGACUUCAGCGGAAUCACCGAGGGUACACCUGUCCAUAUAUCGGAUGCCGUGCAUAAAGUGGCCGUCGAGGUUAACGAGGAGGGAACUGUCGCGGCCGCCGUUACAGGACUGUCCAUUGUGCCUAUCUCGGCUUUGAAUUCCCCCCCACCACCAGUUUUGUUCACUGUUGAUCGCCCUUUCCUGUACUACAUCCGAGACAAGAACACCAACCGCAUCCUCUUCAUCGGCGAAGUCCACAGCCUUUGACAGGCGUGAUCUUUCUUGUGCUCUAGUUUAGGGACAAGUUUUGAAGGACAAGAAAAAGUGUCAUUUGAGCUAGAAAAAUGAGGAAAUAAGGGAGUUAUUAUUGUUUGAAAAUAAACUGCGCGCUUUUAAUACAAUCCUUUUAGUACAACUUAUGGUUAGUUUUAUUUGGAGAAAGAGU